CGGCAGGCAGAGUUCUAAAUAUCGAGGCAUUUAAUCACUGAGCAUUGACCAGUCGUUACGGCAUUUAAUGUCCAGGAACAUUAGAGCACUGUUGAGUGUUGUAUGCUAAAUAUUCCAUAAAGUAGAUGCUGAAUAGGAAGUGUAUCGGAUAACGUUAGACUUUCAAAACGUAUCAUAUCUUGCCGUUGUUUAUCCCCUGAAAUGAAGUAAACAAAAAAUUCGCCAUGGGGUGCUGCUGCUGCAAAAUUAAGGGGCCAGCGGAACCUGCAUACACUAGACGUGCGCCAAUACAACCUCCCACUGAUGACUCUAAUGAUGUCCAAAUCAACAUCCCCAAGUUUGUGGAGUCACAUGUCGUUGAUCAGCUCGUCUUAGAGAUGCUGAGUGUUACUGCAUCAAGAACAGAUAAUGACCAAGAGUCACCUGUAGCUCUUGUGAAGCUGAAUGUGAUAGCAGACAAGGAAGAUGGUUGGAUACAGGUGGUGGCAUCUAUAGUGAACUGCAUUCCGCUGGAGAAUCCCUAUGGACCAACUGCCAUUUCAAUACUAGUGGACAGCUCCCCACUACCUGCAAAGGAUACUGUUAUAAAGCUCACGGAACUGUACCGUCUGUCGGAACGCCGUGCCAGCAUACCUGAUGUGGACGUGAAGAUUGAGAGGAACAUGUGCAUCGCCAUAGGCUGCAUCGCGGAGAAGCUGAUCGGCCCCAACAGCGUGGCGGUGAUGACCAAGAACACCCUGGACUACUUGUACACGUUCCUGAAAAAACAACAGGACCCUCGCAUAGUGCUGUACGCGUUAAUAGCGAUGCAGAACUUCGCUCACACCACCGAGAACAAGAUCACGAUAAAUAAGAUGAUACAAGAAGACGACGAAAACCCGUUUCUGGAGCUAGAGAAGCAUACCUAUAGCAAUGACUUCGUGUGGAGGCAGGUCGGAUUCUGCGCGGUUUGGGCAUUGGAUAAUUUGUUCGUCGUCGAAGGCAGGAAGCUCUCAUACGAGGUGACAGACAAUUCUCAGCUAAACGCGUUACUCAACGCACACGAUGCUAGCGAGUACCUGCAGAUCGCGAGCGACGGCCUCGAAGCGCGAUGCGACUCGUACUCGUUCGAGAGCGUCCGAUGCACGUUCCAAGUCGACGGCGGAUGCUGGUAUUACGAGGUGUUGAUCGUCACAGCCGGCGUCAUGCAGAUCGGAUGGGCAACCAAGAAUAGCUACUUCCAGAAUGAUGAAGGAUACGGCAUCGGCGACGACACCUUCUCAAUCUCGUACGACGGAUGUCGUAGGCAAGUAUGGUAUUGUGCCAAGCCGCUCUCAGUCACUCAGAUGAGGGCAUGGGUGCCUGGAGACAUACUCGGAUGCCUCAUAGAUGUCAGGAGAAAGGAAGUGGUCUUCUCACUGAACGGACAAAGGAUUUCGUCGUGCCGUCAGAUCUUUGAAGCGACCAGGACGGGUUUCUUCGCGGCUGCCAGCUUCAUGGCGUACCAGCAAUGCCGGUUCAACUUCGGCGCUGACGCCUUCAAGUUCCCGCCCCUGGACCGUAGGUACAACACCUUCAACGACUACGGCGAUAUCUCGGAGCAGCAACGCACGAUUCUGCCGCGGCGCAUAUACCUGCAGCAGCGUCGAUGUUCCAGCAUUAAGGAGGACGCGUGCACGCUGUGUUGCGACGAGCCCGCUGAGUGCGUGCUGGAGCCGUGUGGGCACGGUGGAUUCUGUUCUAUUUGCACGUCGCAGUUGAAAGACUGCCCGCUGUGCAGGGCUGACAUCAAGAACGUGCGUCGUGGGUCCUCGUGACCCGAAAGUGAUGAUUACGAUGAUGACGUUGAAGACAAUGAUGACUUCUACGAUGACGACGACGACGACGUAGACGAUGAUUACGAAUUUGAUUCUGAGCCUAAUAAUGAUGUUGAGUCUGAUGAUGACAAUAAACAUAAUAUCGAACUCAUUGACAAAGAACCGGAUAAUUAUAACGAUGGGAAUGUGCAGGAUAAUGAUGACGAACGUAAUGACACUGACCAAGAUGAUAGUUUUUACGAUGCUGAUGAGCAAGAUUAUUAUUUCAUCCUCGAUGGCAAUGAGCACGAUAAUGAUAAUGAACAUGAUGACAAUGAUCACGAUAAUGAUAAUGAACAUGAUGACAAUGAGCACGAUAAUGAUAACGAACAUGAUGAUAAUGAGCACGAUAAUAAUAACGAACAUAAUGACAAUGAAUAUGAUGAAAAUGUUGCUAAUGACCUUGAUGAUGAUAAAUCCCUUGAUGAACUUAAUGUGGAGGAUGUUGAAGUAAUCGAGUGACUAGUAGACCAAGUGUACUCUAUGUUGUAAGUGCUUCCAUAUUGAGAUCACAUCACAAGAUAGAGUACCAAGGCUACAGCCAUUUUGAAAUUUAAUAUUUAACUUAAAGUAUUUUAAAAAAGUAGUAGAUAAUCUUCUUGAAAUGGUAUCCAUUAAAAGUGUAGUUGUUUUAACUUGUAAUUAUAUAAUGUUCAACAUGGGAUUUUCCUAUCUAUACUAGAUGUUAUAGAGAAAAUAGUACUAAUACCCAUCGAAUGAUAUAUUUUUCUGGUUACAAAAAUGUGCUAUG